AUGAAUUUUAACGUAACUGUGGAGCGUAGCAUAUUCUUGCUACUUCAUCCUUAUAAUUAUACAACAUUGAAUGUUUGUUCUGCUGCUCCACCAAAUAUUGUUUCAGAUGGAUUAUGGGGUGGUAAAGAUAAUGGAAGGGUUCCACUUAAGUCUGCACUUCCUAUAUUUGAGUUGCAAGUUCUUGUCAUUUUCACUAUCACACAAAUCUGCAAUUUCUUCCUCCGACGUUUCGAUUUUCCCGAAUUCAUCGGUCAAAUGAUGGCUGGCAUAAUUCUUGGACCUUCGAUUCGGAUGAAUGAAAUGGACAAUUUCAAGUUCUUUUUGUUUCCAUAUGGAAGUCAAGACAUACUUGCAUCAAUAUCAUCAAUUGGUUAUGCACUUUUCAUCUUCAUUACUGCUGUGCAAAUGGAUUUGAGUAUGGUGACACGGACGGGUCACAAGGCUUGGACUUUCGCGAUAACGGGUUUGGUCGUGCCUUUGUUUCUAACUUCUGCGGUUCAAUCCUCCAUGAAAUCAUUAGCAAGUGAUUAUCUCAAAGAGAUGUAUAAUGAUAUUCCUUAUGUGGUUUUAUCGCAUACUGUUAUUUCGUUUGCAGUUGUUGCUUCUCUACUCAACGAACUUAAAAUCCUUAACUCCGAACUCGGGAGAUUGGCAUUAUCGUCGGUGUUGGUGGGAGACAUACUAGGAACGUCGAUCGGAUGCCUUACUAAUAUCUUAAUGUUACAACGUGAGAUACAGAAGAAGUUAAUAUUUGGUCUCUCGGGGUUGGCUUUUGCGAUCUUUGUUCCGUUGAUUCUCCGGCCGGGAAUGUUUUUGAUCAUCAAACAUACGAAAGAAGGAAGACCUGUGGAUGAUGGAUAUGUUUAUCUCAUCAUUGUGCUUGUAUGUGGUUUAGGUUGGAUUUCAGUUUACAUAGGCCAAGAUUUUAUAGUUGGUGCAUUUGUUUUAGGGUUGGCUGUGCCAGAAGGACCUCCAUUAGGAGCUGCAUUGGUGAAGAAGCUUCAAUUCUUUAGUUCAAGUUUAUUUCUGCCUAUAUUUGUGACGUGUGGUGUGAUGAAAGCAGAUUUGGGUUUACCACAUACAGGAAGAGCUUUUGUUGGUAUUGGUGGCUUUAUUGUCUUUACACACUUAAUCAAAAUGAUAGCUUAUGUUAUACCUGCACUCAUUUGCAAAAUCCCUUUGAAAGAUGCUUUGGCUCUUUCCCUUAUUAUGAAUGCCAAAGGAGCUGUGGAUGUUGGCAUAUUUUCUGGCUUAUAUGAUGAACGGCUUUUUACUGCACAAACUUAUGGAGUGAUGACGAUAAGCAUAAUGAUCAUAGCGUGCAUCAUAAAAUGGUCAGUGAAGAUACUGUAUGAUCCAUCCAGAAAGUAUGCUGGAUACCAGAGAAGGACAAUCAUGAGUUUGAAACCGGAAGCAGAACUGAGAAUACUCGCUUGCAUUCACAAACAAUACAACAUACCUGCUAUAACAGAUGUUCUUGACCUUUGUUCGCCAACAACAGAGAAACCUAUCGUUGUUGAUGCAUUGCACCUUAUUGAGCUAGUUGGAAGGACAUCUCCCAUUUUCAUCUCGCAUCGUCUUCAGAAAACGGUUUCGUGUGCUCACAAGUCUUACUCGGACGAUCUCAUUCUUGCUUUGGAUCUCUAUGAACAUGAAAACUUUGGUGGAGUAACUUCACACACUUUCACAGCCAUAUCUCCGCCGACACUUAUGCAUGAAGAUGUUUGUCAACUUGCAUUGGACAAAGUUGCAUCCAUCAUAAUUCUUCCAUUCCAUAGAAGAUGGGCUAUUGACGGUGGCGUUGAAUCGGAUGACAAGAAUAUAAGGGCUUUAAAUUGCAAAGUACUCGAAAUAGCUCCAUGCACAAUAGGAAUCCUCGUGACUCGUUCUUUGUUACAAAGCAACAUGUCCAUUAAGUUAGCCAUGGUUUUUCUGGGUGGAAGAGAUGACAGAGAGGCUUUGUGCUUGGCGAGAAGAGCGAUAACGAACCCUAGGAUUAACUUGGUCGUGUAUCACCUUACAGUGGAUCAACACAUGCCAAAUUUGGAGUUUCUACUAGAUAAUGAGGCACUAAAUGAAAUAAAGAAAAUAACACAUUAUGGCCCGGCAAAAGUAAGUUAUCAAAAAGUGAUGGUAAACGAUGGUCCAGCAACAUCUGCUAUUCUGCGCGAUAUAGCGAAUGAACAUGAUUUUUUUAUUGUUGGGAGGACACAUGACGCGGACUUACCUCAGACAGAAGGCCUUACAAACUGGAGUGAAUUUUCAGAGUUAGGUGUCAUUGGUGAUUUGCUUGCUUCACCAGAUUUUGAGAGCAGAGCUGGCGUUUUGGUAGUGCAGCAACAAGUCAAAGACAAAUAA